UUUCCCCUAGAGUGUAACCAUUGCAUUUAACCAAACCUGCAAUUAAAGAUUCAUAUUACCCCCUCACUUAUACACUUGCUUGUUUACUGUUGACAGCUUUAAACAGACAUUUGCACAAUGUCAAAUCAACCAAUAUCCACUAAUUCUGUUGUUAAUACUGACGAAAGUCAAUCGACGUCAACGCAACAACAACAGCAGGAUGAAGAAAUGCCACCUUUUCAGUACCAAACAGACAUUGCAGAAACAACUCCACGUGAGACUACACAAGCACGCUCUUCAACACCUCUUCAAGCCGCCGUAAACAGUCAACCUACUCCUCGAAAUGCUAGUAAUGUCCAAAGUAGUGCCACCAUGGCCACCCAACCUGCACCUUUAAUUGUUACUAGUACCACUGCAGGUACAUCCGCUGAUAGUAUUGGUAAUAAUAUAGCUGCAACAACUACUAUUGAUACUACCGCCGCAUCACAACAGCAAGUAUCAUCAAAUACAUCAAAGAAAACCUUAAUUGAAACAAGAAGAGCUGAACAAAAUAGGGCAGCGCAAAGAGCAUUUAGACAGAGGAAAGAAAGAUAUGUAAAGGAGCUAGAAGCUAAAGUAAAUAUGAUGGCAGAAUGGCAAACACGUAUGGAACAUUUAGAACAGGAAAAUCAGCAAUUAAAGCGACGUAUUGAGGAACUGGAAUCAAAACAACAACAUCCACAACAACGGCAUGACGAUGAUAAUGAGAAUAUGACCAGAAGAACGGCUAUUAAAUUUCAAUAUAAUGAUACACCUUAUACCAGCUCACAGCAACAGUCUAUCAAGAAUGAUGAACAGAAUAACAUUAAUAAUGUAUCAACUGUAAAGCCGCAAGAGCAGCAGCAAUUGUCAACAACUUCAUCUACAACAGGAACCACAGCAGCAUCCUUAGUCAGAACAGCGACAGCAGCAGCGGCAGGUACAGCAGGUGUACCUGUUGGUGAAAAGGGCAAAGUGUUGGAUGAUUUAGUAUCUAUUCUAAGGACACGCCACAGGCCUCCUAUUCCAUCACACCCACCAAAUUAAGAAUGUUAUAUAAGGAAGAAAUGGAUCUAUUAGAUUACUAUGGACAUUUCAUCUAUUAGUAAACAAUUAGUUUUAGUACCCAGAAACUGUACUAAACAAAAAGUCAUGAUAUUCCUCAUAC